AUGAUGAAUCGGUUGCGGACUUUCAUACGGGACGACGAUUUGGACAAAUUUGAUGAAUUGAUUUACAAGAGAGAAGAGCAGGCGAUGUUGAAGAGCAAGACAGCGCCCGAAGCGCUCAAAUUCAAACAAUUCAAACAACAGGACUCCACCGACAGCUCCUUCGACUGUCCGGACGUCGACGGAAACGACUCCGGACUCAAUCACAAUGAGAUCAGCGAUGAGAACGAUAUGAAUGAUAAGCCGAUGACCCGAUACCUACCGGUGCCUCACGACAGGGUCGGUGUCGGCGGUGUUGGUGUCGGAGGACUCGGCGGUGACGACCAGCCCAGCGAUGAUAGCGGCGCCGAAAUCAAUAAUUUAAAUUUUUCAAUCAAUCAAAAGUAA